AUGGAGGAAUUAAUCAACCGGGUCUUGGAGAAGCAGAUAAGUGUGCUUAAAUCAGUGAUCUACAGCGCACUGAGGGGAGUGCUGGCUGAAAUGAAUGCCUCGCAGCAACACAUCGGGGCAGAACCAGAGAUGCAGGGAAAUCAUGAGUCAGCUUUAAACUCUCUAAAACAUGAUUCAACAUGUAAGAAAACAUUCAGCUGCUCUGAGUGUGGGAAAAGAUUUGGCCAAAAGGGAAAUCUGACUAGACACAUGAUUACUCACACAGGAGAGAAACCUUAUAGCUGCUCAGUUUGUAAUGAAUCUUUUACACGGAGUGAAAAUGUACGGUCACACAUGAGAACUCACACAGGAGAAAAACCUUUUAGCUGCUCAGUUUGUAAAAAAUCAUUUACACAGAGUGGAGAUUUACUAAAACACAUGAGAACUCACACAGGAGAAAAACCUUUCAGCUGCUCAGUCUGUAAGAAAUCUUUUACAGAAAGAGGAAGUUUACGGUCCCACAUGGUUGUCCACACAGGAGAAAAGCUUUUCAGCUGCUCAUUCUGUAAGAAAUCUUUUACAGAAAGAGGAAGUUUACGGUCCCACAUGGUAGUCCACACAGGAGAAAAACCUUUCAGCUGCUCAGUCUGUAAUAAAUCUUUUACACAGAGAGGAAGUUUACAGUCACACAGGGUAGUCCACACAGGAGAAAAACCUUUCAGCUGCUCAGUUUGUAAGAAAUCUUUUACACAGAGAGGAAGUUUACGGUCACAUAUGGCUGUAGUUCACAUAGGAGAGAAAAGAUUCAGCUGCAGUGUUUGUAACAAAAGAUUUUCCCGGCGUUCUCAUGUCAAAACACAUAAAUGUCUGGCCUUCGCCAAACCCACCAGACUCCAUGGAAAUAAUCAGGACGUUUAUCAUGCGAUUAAAGAAGACGAGCCGGAGGCCCCCCCACACAUUAAAGAGGAAGAGGAGGAACUGUUCCCAUUCACCCCUGUCCCCGUGAAGAGUGAAGAUGAUGAAGAGAAAGCCACUAAACCAGAGACAUUUGGAAACACUUCUGACCCGUUUUGGUUUGGAAUCUGCAGAGUUGUGUUUCAGUCUCAACAGCUCCAAACGGAGACUUUUGGCAACACCGACACUGACGCCAACGUUUACCAGCAGAGUCUCCACUAUCGCUGA